AUGUUCUCCCUGUGCAUGCGUGGGUUUUCUCCGGGUACUCCGGCUUCCUCCCACAGUCCAAAAACAUAUGCUGAGGUUAAUUGAUCAUUCUAAAUUGCCCGUAGGUGUGAAUGUGUGAGUGCUUGUUUGUCUUUGUAUGUAGCCCUGCGACAGACUGGUGACCUGUCUAGGGUGUCCCCUGCCUUCGCCCGAGUCAGCUGGGAUAGACUCCAGCCCCCCCCGCGACCCUAGUGAGGAUUAAGCGGUGUAUAGAUAAUGGAUGGAUGGAUGGAUAUUGUAACUAAAAGCUUGUUUUAUGGGAAUCUGCUGUGAUUUGUUGUGACCUAAAAUAUUGACUUACAAUACAACCAUGGUACUGAUAUUAAACAAAUAAUGUGACUGAAUGAUCAGUUAAAUUCCAGUAAACUCUGACAUUGUAAACUGGUAUUUUGGUUACUACUGAACAUUCAGAUGGUAGCUUUUCAAGCCAGCUGUGUUUACUGUGUGCAGGCAGACUAUCGGUCAGCCUAGAUUAUAUAAAUACUGUGAGGAACGGGCGAAAAUAAAAAGAAUAUACUGCCAGCAUUAAUGUGCCACUAUAAUGGGUUUAUACUGUCAUGCAGGUGUAAGUGCAUUUGAUGUACCUUGCACACUGACACGUGUUUAGAUCAGAGAACACAGGAUGCCGUAGUCGAGAGAAAAGUAUAAUAUUAAAGUCUAUAUGGUGAAAAUCCUCUUUUUUUUUUUUUGCAGUUAAUAUAGGGCUGGAGAUGUAAAGCAAAAGCUGCCAAGAUAUGAAGAUGCUUAUUUCUGCCCCUCCUCCAGGUUUAUUUAUUUUCUAGAGAUGCUUCUGCUAACUGAAAAUACACCAAAUAUUCUGCUCUUGGCUACAAGAGUGAACACAAGAGGCUGCACCUUCAGCAUCUGAGGAACUGAAAACCCACUGGAUUGCUUUUGUUAAUGAUGGCAAUUGUUCUACAACAAGCAGAAAAAUGUUAGUGUUCUGCUUUGUGAUUCAGUUGUGCCCAUGGAGGUACAAGGAAACGUCCCAUGCCGUCUCAGCUAGUGUACUGUCCUCGCUUCAUUGUUUAAUUUUGAAAUUACUGAUAACAGUCUGCCGCAUUUUGAUCCCCAUGUAUUUUCUUCAUGAAACUAUGACGGGGUUGACUGAGAUGCAAGACACAGUGGGUUAGUAUACAUUCUGUGCACGCUAUUUUAUUGUCCCUUAAAUUUACUGUUAACAUUUUAUCACCUUUUUUUUUUGCUUCAAAGUUGUUAUUUUACAAAAUAGAAAAAGACAAAGGAAAACCUUUAUUAUUAUUGUAUGCUAAUGAUAUAUGGUUGUGUGAAUGAUCUCAGUCGCUAUUGUCUAAAAGUUUGUCAGGCAAAUGCAAAUGUUCAUUUCGUCUGGUUUGAGCUGCUUUGUGUUUGUUGUUUGAUGGGACGGCGUCUUGCUGAAGCAAGGCAGAAUUAGACAGGUGGACAGUCAUUAGGCCCAGGCCAAUGAUGUGUUCAUUAGCAUUUUCUUUCGAAUCAGAUUCAAAUUCAGUCAUUUUCCUGUGACCUGCUUUACCAUCCUAGCAUGAUAUAUGUACAGUUUUGAAUGCAGAAGAUUUGAAUAAAGCUUUCAAAUGCAAAAUCUUUGAUGGCACCACAUGACUGCAUCUGGAUCCACUUUAGUUGUUUUAUUAGAUUUUUACCCUUUUAAAAAUCAAACUAGAUGAACAUAAUCUUUCCUGGUAACCCUGCAGUAUGUUCAUAAGUAUCCUAGGAGUUUGACACAUUAACAUUAUGUUGACACAAACUUUACAUAGGCCUGAUGCAAAAGUAGAUUUAGACUAAUUGGGGAAAUACUACCUUAAAGCAAAAAAUUAAAGAUGAGUGACUAUGAAACUAUAGUAAAUAAAUGUUGUCAUGACUAGUCCAUCUGCAGUGUACCAGCAGUCGUGGAUAGGUGCUACUGGUCAGCUGCACCUGGUGAGGUGUGUCCAGGUGACACUGACCCGACGUGUUACUAUAAAAGCAGCUCCUCAUCAGCCACUAACCACACCAUGAACUGCCCUCGCUAGUAGAAGCUCUCUGAACUGACAGAACUGAUUUGAAGUGAAGACAGGACCGGACAUGGGGGGAAAGAGCAGCAUCCAGCUCCCACUCUUAUUCCUUCUCAUUGCUGCUCUCUGCUUAGAAGCACAACCACGAUAUCAAAUUUACCCUAUGUUUGAUCUGUGGCUGAACUGGACAGAGGCCAGAUUGUACUGCCAGAGACAUUACACUGACAUGGUAAGGUGGAACACAGCAUCCAGAGCUGAUCUGGUUGACCUUAUGAGCUCAAAUGGUGUCACCAUUAUCUGGACUGGUGACCGUGGAGAUCCUCAGGGAGCAUCAGACAAUUUCACCAACGGGGAAUCAGAAGAGAUUCUCAGAGAACUCUGCUUCGCUUUUGGACAGGACAUAGAACAAGGAUGGCCCUAUGCUGAGUGCCAAAACGAGUUUCCCUUUAUCUGCUAUGAAGAAGACAACCUGGUGAUCAUAAAGGAGAACAAGACGUGGGAGGACGCCCUGAAACACUGCAGAGAAAUGAAUGCAUCAUGUGUUGACGAUAAGGGGCACCAGACGCACUGCUACAACCUGCUGAGCCUGCCAGAUCCGUCUGACUACGACUUUGUCAUGGACAAGCUCUACAGAGCCACCACUGAUGAGGUUUGGACAGGCCUCCGCUUCCUGGGAGGAGAGUGGUGGUGGUUAAAUGGAGAGACGGUAGGAGACCAUGAGAUGCUGCCAGAGUGUCCAUCCCAGUGGAAGCACUGUGGGAGCAUUUCCAAAUAUGUCUCAAACCGCUCCGUGAUCAGGGACUGUUCAGAAAGACGAAAUUUCAUGUGUGAGCAUAAAAAAAAAGCCGUAAAUGGUGACAAUGAUGGGAUGAAUUAAUGCUGCUUUGUGUGCAGGUUAACAGAUUAAGAUCUCUCUACUGUUUAUUUUUGAUAAUAUAUAUCUAAUAAUUUCUGAAAACAGAUGUUUAGAUACUCUACUACACAGUGGACAAGAAGAUGCCAUCUGACUCUUGUCUUUGCAGCAAACAAAUAUUUUGCAGCAAAGUUUUUCAUUGUUUUGUUCUCCGUAACGUUUCACAGCCUUUUACAUUCCGUUGGAAAAAUUCAAAUGAACAUCGGGCGUAAUGUAAAUACUGGUCACCUGCUUUUCACUAAAUCUCUAAUUAUCCAAAUGAAAUGUUCAUGUGAACCAGUCUGAUGACUCUGAGGUAGUGUGAGUCCCUAAUCCACUGUUCAGCAUUCAAGGUUGUUUAUUUUUUUCAUGUGGUCGUUAGUUUCCAGUCUCUCAGUGUCUUAUUGGCUGUCAGAAUUAUGAAGGUUAUUGUCAUUUUAUUUCUAAAAUAUGCAAAAAUACUGACUAGAAAUUGAAUUCCUCUCUCAAUACCAAUGUACUGUAUUCUGAAGAAACAAGCAAACAAAUAAUUUUGGUUAUUUAGUAGUCCUCAAACUACACUCAAUGUAUAUGCAUGGUUAGAAAGACAGGAAAAUUUGCAUGUCUGUUUAUAGGUAAGUGGUUUUAAGGAUUUUACACUUAAUAGCAAUAUUACUGUAGGCAACAGUAAAUACAAAGGCAGCCACUUGUUUCCAGUUAUUUGAUGCCAGUUCACCUCAGUGAAAACUACAUAUUGUUUUUAUGUAUUUAGUCAGACUGUUUUUGUUUGCUUUUUGUCUGCUGUACAUUAUCAUGUCUAAACAUAAUUAUGACUUGAGUAGAUUUGAAAUAAAGCUAUAGGCCUUCAAAAUG